AAUAGCUAUCAACUGAAGGGAGACAUUUUUUUCCUCUCAUUGCCAGACGAGAACCUGUUUUCUGCCCCGUCUCCCCUCCUUAAAGCCAGCUAUUCUGGUUAUAUCAAGCCCAAAAGCGAUUCAUCUUCUGAGGAGACCCGACUGACUGCGCCGAAAUGGGGGUCUUCACUCUGCCUUAUUGCUUGUGCUAAAGGUUCAGCAUAUAAAGCAAAGAGGUAUGGACGGUCGGACAGCUACCGCGUGGCCACCACGCAGGACAAGGAUGAGAAGGAAUCCCCCAAAAAGAAGGGAGGCAAGGACUUGGAUGACCUCAAGAAGGAAGUUCCCAUUACGGAACACAAAAUGUCUGUUGAGGAGGUUUGCCGAAAAUACAACACUGAUAUCGUCCAGGGUUUGACCAAUGCCAAGGCAGCAGAGUACCUGGCCAGAGACGGCCUCAACGCCCUGACUCCACCCCCCACCACCCCAGAGUGGGUCAAGUUCUGUCGCCAGCUGUUUGGCGGCUUCUCCAUCCUGCUGUGGAUCGGUGCCAUCCUCUGUUUCCUGGCCUACGCCAUCCAGGCCGCCACAGAGGAUGAGCCUGCUGGGGAUAACUUGUACCUGGGUAUCGUGCUGUCAGCUGUCGUCAUCAUCACCGGCUGCUUCUCCUACUUUCAAGAAGCUAAGAGCUCCAAGAUCAUGGAGUCCUUUAAGAACAUGGUCCCUCAGCAAGCCCUUGUGAUCCGUGAGGGAGAGAAGAUGCAGAUCAAUGCUGAACAGGUGGUGGCAGGAGACCUGGUGGAGGUGAAAGGUGGAGACAGGAUCCCAGCUGACCUCCGCAUCAUUUCCUCCCAUGGCUGCAAGGUGGACAACUCAUCCCUGACUGGUGAAUCAGAGCCCCAGACCAGGUCACCUGACUGUACCCAUGACAACCCCCUGGAAACCCGCAACAUUGCCUUCUUCUCCACCAACUGUGUCGAGGGAACAGCGCGUGGUAUUGUCGUAUGUACUGGCGAUCGUACAGUGAUGGGUCGCAUUGCCACCCUCACCUCAGGCCUGGAGACUGGCAAGACACCCAUCGCCAAGGAGAUCGAGCACUUCAUCCACAUCAUCACGGGUGUGGCUGUUUUCCUCGGCGUGACCUUCUUCAUCCUGUCAAUCAUCCUGGGUUAUUCCUGGCUGGAGGCUGUUAUCUUCCUCAUCGGUAUCAUUGUAGCUAAUGUUCCUGAGGGACUGCUGGCUACAGUCACUGUGUGUCUGACACUGACCGCUAAGCGAAUGGCUCGUAAGAACUGCCUGGUAAAGAACUUGGAGGCUGUGGAGACGCUGGGCUCCACCUCCACCAUCUGCUCUGACAAGACAGGCACCCUGACCCAGAACAGGAUGACCGUGGCCCACAUGUGGUUCGACAACCAGAUCCAUGAGGCCGACACCACUGAGGACCAGUCUGGCUCCUCCUUCGACAAGAGCUCCACAACAUGGGUGUCUUUGGCCCGCAUUGCUGCCCUGUGCAACCGUGCUGCGUUCAAGGCUGGUCAGGAAUCUUUACCCAUCCUUAAGCGUGACGUGGCCGGCGAUGCCUCAGAGUCAGCCCUGCUGAAGUGUAUUGAGCUGUCCUGUGGUUCCGUCAAGACCAUGAGGGACAAGAACAAGAAGGUGGCUGAGAUACCCUUCAACUCUACAAACAAGUACCAGCUCUCAAUUCACGAAAGUGAGGAUGAAAAUGACAACCGCUACCUGCUGGUCAUGAAGGGAGCUCCAGAGAGGAUCCUCGACCGCUGCUCCACCAUCAUGCUACAGGGCAAAGAGCAGCCCAUGGACGAUGAGAUGAAGGAGGCCUUCCAGAACGCCUAUCUGGAACUGGGAGGACUGGGAGAGAGAGUACUGGGUUUCUGCCACCUGUUCAUGCCAGAAGACAAGUACCCCAAAGGUUUUGCCUUUGACACAGAUGACGUCAACUUCCAGACAGACAACCUUUGCUUUGUGGGCCUCAUGUCCAUGAUUGACCCUCCCCGUGCUGCCGUCCCUGACGCCGUGGGCAAAUGCCGCUCCGCUGGCAUCAAGGUUAUUAUGGUGACUGGUGAUCACCCAAUCACAGCCAAAGCCAUUGCUAAGGGUGUGGGUAUUAUCUCCGAGGGCAAUGAGACAGUGGAAGACAUCGCUGCACGCCUCAACAUCCCCGUCAGCCAGGUCAACCCAAGGGAUGCCAAGGCCUGUGUAAUCCAUGGUACAGAUCUGAAAGACCUCUCUCAGGAGCAGAUGGACGAUAUUUUGAGGAACCACACAGAGAUCGUCUUCGCCAGAACCUCCCCACAACAGAAACUCAUCAUUGUAGAAGGCUGCCAAAGACAGGGUGCCAUCGUGGCUGUGACAGGUGAUGGUGUAAAUGACUCUCCAGCCCUGAAGAAGGCUGACAUCGGUGUUGCCAUGGGAAUCUCUGGCUCAGACGUGUCCAAACAAGCCGCUGACAUGAUCCUGCUGGACGACAACUUUGCUUCCAUCGUCACUGGAGUAGAGGAAGGCCGUCUGAUCUUUGACAACCUGAAGAAGUCCAUCGCCUACACUCUGACCAGCAACAUCCCAGAGAUCACCCCCUUCCUGUUCUUCAUCCUGGUCAAUAUCCCACUGCCUCUGGGCACCAUCACCAUCCUCUGCAUUGACCUGGGAACUGACAUGGUACCAGCCAUCUCUCUCGCUUAUGAGGCAGCAGAGAGUGACAUCAUGAAGCGCCAGCCCAGGAACCCACUGAGGGACAAACUGGUCAAUGAGAGACUUAUCAGUAUCGCCUAUGGACAGAUUGGUAUGAUCCAAGCUCUUGGUGGCUUCUUUGCCUAUUUUGUCAUCAUGGCUGAAAAUGGUUUUCUGCCGUCUGUGCUUGUCGGCAUCCGGCUCAACUGGGAUGAUCGCUCCAACAACGACCUGGAAGACAGCUACGGGCAGCAAUGGACCUAUGAGCAGCGCAAGAUUGUGGAGUUCACUUGCCACACAGCCUUCUUCGUCAGUAUUGUGGUGGUACAGUGGGCAGAUGUCAUCAUCUGCAAGACCAGACGUAACUCUGUGUUCCAGCAGGGCAUGAGAAAUAAGAUUUUGAUCUUUGGCCUGUUUGAGGAAACAGCUCUUGCUGCUUUCCUGUCCUACUGCCCCGGUAUGGACCUGGCACUACGGAUGUACCCACUCAAGCCCAGUUGGUGGUUCUGUGCGUUUCCGUACAGUUUCCUCAUCUUUGUUUACGAUGAGAUCCGAAAACUCAUCCUUCGCCGAAACCCCGGCGGCUGGGUGGAAAAAGAGACAUACUAUUAAAUUAUCAAAGCAUCAUUUACUUCUCAUCCCGCCUUCCCCUGAACUCAUCCCUUCUUCUCUAUCUCCCUCUCUCUCUCUUUCCUCCUUCCCUCCUUCCUUCCCUCCAUCCAUCCCUCCUCUCCUCUCAACAUACUCAAACUGUACAAGAAGACUAUGUUUACUCCUCCUCUAACCCCCUCCCCUCCCCUCCCUUCCCCUCCUUUCCAUCCUCCCAUCCUCAUCUCCUAAAAAAAAAAACUAAAAAUCAAACGCCAAGACGACGAGGGGACCAACGACAGAGGAGGAGAGGAUGGGGGAGGGGGGGUGGGUUUGUAAAUCUUCCCUGUCCUCUCCGUCCCUCUGUCCCCUUUUUUUUUCUAUCCAAAGUCUAUACAGCACUAGUCUGCCAGUAACACUGUUGUGCCGACGCUUAUUACUACACUGUUAGAUGCAGCCGCUCUUCAUAUGUGUGCUCAAACUACAUCGCUGUGUGGAACCGAAUAAAGAAUAUAAGAAUAAAGACAAAAAAACCUGACUGUUCCACUUGCGAUUGCUCUCGCCAAGCAGAACAACAACACGGCAGCUCCCGUCUAGAUUCCCAAACUGGCGAUUUGAGCGGGUGGGUGGCGUCAUUUUUUUGGGGAGUUUGUCUUGUUUUGUAUUUUUUCCAGAAAAAAAAAAGCCACCUGGCUCCAGCUCCCUUAUCACUGCCAUUUCUUGCCAUUUGCCUUCUACAACUUCUCUCCUCCUCUUCUCUCUCUCUCUCUCUCUCUCUCUCUCUCUUUUUCUAUUUAUUCACUGCCAAUCUUCUACUGAUGUUCUCUCCUCGUCCUUCUCCUCCUCCUCUUCUUCCUCCUUCCCUGUCAAUAAAGAAUCAGUCUCACCAUAAAACUGAAGCACUCACUCACGCCCUCAAUAGGGUUUAAAAAAAAAUAAAAAGGUAACUUCCUCUGACUCCUUCCCUUCUUCUCAGCCUCCCUCCUCCUCCUCCU